AUGCCGUGUGAAGGCGUCAACCGAGUCCCCCUCCGGCAGACUGGGCACAUCAUGCAGGUGUUCGAGCGGACGGCGAACAAGACGGAGGUCGACGCGGCGCUCGGGCUGCAGCCCAACGCGACUCACCUUCUGGAGCAUCUCGGUUUCCAUGAGGAGAACUUGAAAUAUGUGCUCCUGCGCGGGUUCACGCCGGGCGGUAAGCUUGAGGAGGACGCGGUAGGCUUGUCUCCGUUUUUCCGCGCUCUGUUCUUCUCUGAUUUGGCGGUCGCGCAGGUGCUGCAGAUGUGCCACCGGACCGACAUCUACGAAGAGCUCAAGCGCAUCACCCUUGAUAUACCAGGCGACCUUCUACCUGUGUUCAUGUGUGUUGGAUGCGAAUUCUUGUAUCGUUCUCUGGAAGAAGGGGAUGUGGCGCUCGAGUUCGGCGAAACUGUGCACGCGGAUCUAGUGCUGGGGCGGAUGGAAUUCAUCGCUUUGGGGACACAAGGCUCUGAUGGCCGAUCUCGGUUGCUCACCCGCACACAUAUGCUCGGGCAUGAUCAAGCCUCACCCACCGGUAUCACCUGUUGUCGCACAGUAUUCAAAGCACCUCCGGAAGACGGCAACAUCUCCGGUCUGGAAUGGCUCACAGAAGGCCGUGUAGGCGUUCGCACUUUCUACACUGAAACGAAUGGGGGGAGGAAGAUGGUGGGUCGCAAUACCAGACCUCUCAAACCAUACCUGGUGGCUCAACCCACCCCUAUUCUCCAGUGUCAAACCCAGUCUCGACUCUCGAGCCCGCCGAUCACCCUUGCGCAGGUGCGCGCCAAGUUCGCCGACUACGACGCCCAAGUGCCACCGCCUGCUGGACCUGCCGAACCGACCGGCCGGAUCUAUCGCUCGUGGCUGCGCAAGCUCCCCGCCCUCCCGACGUGGUGUAACGGCCGCACCCCACUCUUCGACGGCACUGUCGUUGCUCGCCCAGGGCUCCACGAUAGCGAUCGAGGACGGGGGGUCCUCGCAGGCCUGCUGUCCCCGCAGGUGGAUGUGACCAUGGCUGGACUGGACAGGAUAACGCGCAGCGUUCGUGUACAAAACGAUGCCCACUGCAAGUUGGUCGAAUACGUUGCGAAUUCAGCUAGUCGACGGGCUUAUAUGGACCAGUUUCCCGACGGCAAGAAGCUCGAUGUAAAAUUGGAAUAAGAUGGGUCCCCGGUCACUGAGGCAUAUGUUCCUCAGGAGUAGAGUGAAACUUGGUCCAAAAAUGGACAUUUUAUCCUUCGCAAGAUAGAGCAACAGAUGUUUCGGGACCUUUCAAGACGUUUCUCAUUGAUGUCCGGCCGGAUGAGCGUCAAUCAGGUUCAAGAAGACGUAGAUUCUGUGGUAUCUCUCAACAAACUGAUUAUCUUGUUUCUGUGCACAAAGCUGAG